GUGUUAGCACAAUUGUCAAAGUCCUUUCUGGAGUUACACCUCUACGUCGAAGAUCCACUCAAACACGGAGCCCCCACACACGUGUACACAGACCCGGAAGCUGAGAGAAGCCUGAGGCGGCCCAAGUGGGCGGGACCAAACUCAAAGUGGGUGCGACCUAGCGGGGCGGUGCAAGCUUGCGGAACCCUAGUCUACGAGGUCGCCGUAGCGAAGGGAACUAGUCCGGCGCAGGACGAACAGCUUUUGCAGCCCAGCUGGUUCCGGUUGGGAAAGAUGGCGGUGGCUGGGGCGUCGGCCCGGGAGCGGCUAGUACACUGGUGCACACAGCAGUUGCGGAAAACUUUCUCCCUGGAUGUCAGCGAGGAAAUCAUACAGUAUGUUUUGUCAAUUGAGAGUGCUGAAGAGCUACGAGAAUAUGUGACAGACCUUCUCCAGGGAAAUGAGGGGAAAAAAGGUCAAUUCAUAGAAGAUCUUAUAAGCAAAUGGCAAAAGAAUGAUCAAGAGUUGGUUUCUGAUUCUUUUCAGCAGUGCUGGAAGAAAGAUGAAAUUUUAGAUGGACAGAGAUCAGUAGACCAGCUAAAGCGGAGUAGGAGGAAAGGAAGAAACAAACAAGAAGUUCCUGCAUUUCCUGAACCUGACCUGACUGUAGAGGUCAAAACACCUUUAGAUUUGGCCAAGGCACAAGAAAGCAACAACUCAGUAAAGAAGAAGACAAAAUUUGUCAAUUUAUACACAAGAGAGGGACAGGACAAACUGGCAGUCCUGCUUCCUGGUCGUCACCCAUGUGAUUGCCUGGGCCAGAAGCACAAGCUCAUCAAUAACUGUCUGGUCUGUGGUCGGAUUGUCUGCGAGCAAGAGGGUUCUGGCCCCUGCUUAUUCUGCGGCUCUUUGGUAUGUACUAAUGAAGAACAGGACAUUUUACAGCGUGACUCAAACAAAAGUCAGAAACUGCUAAAGAAGCUCAUGUCAGGGGCGGAAAAUUCUGGAAAGGUAGACCUCUCUACCAAGGACCUUCUUCCUCAUCAAGAAUCUCGAAUUAAGUCUGGUUUGGAGAAGGCUAUCAAGCAUAAAGAAAAACUAUUAGAGUUCGACAGAACUAGACUAGAUGAGACAAUACAGGCCAUUGCCAAUGGAACUUUGAAUCAGCCACUGAUGACAUUGGAUAGAUCCUCUGAAGAGCCUUUGGGAGUUCUGGUAAAUCCCAACCUGUACCAGAGCCCUCCCCAGUGGGUAGACAACACUGGGUCAGCCCCACAGAAGAAGACUUCACUCUCAGCAGGACGGAGACUAGAACUUGGUUUACAUCAGCACCAGCUGCGAAUCCAGGACCAGGAAUUCCAGGAAGGCUUUGAUGGUGGCUGGUGCCUCUCUAUGCAUCAGCCCUGGGCGUCUCUGCUUGUCAGAGGGAUUAAAAGGGUGGAGGGCAGAUCCUGGUAUACACCUCACAGAGGAAGACUCUGGAUAGCAGCCACAGGCAAAAGACCUUCCUCUCAAGAAGUCUCAGAACUCCAGGCCACUUAUUGUCUUCUUCGUGGGAAAGAUGUGGAAUUUCCAAAUGACUAUCCAUCAGGUUGUCUUCUGGGCUGUGUGGACCUAAUUGAUUGCUUGUCCCAGAAACAAUUUCAGGAGCAGUUUCCAGACAUCAGUCAAGAGUCUGAUUCUCCAUUUGUUUUCAUCUGCAAAAAUCCCCAGGAAAUGGUUGUAAAGUUUCCUAUUAAAGGAAAUCCUAAAAUCUGGAAACUGGAUUCCAAGAUCCAUCAAGGAGCAAAGAAGGGGUUAAUGAAGCAGAAUAAAGCUGUCUGACCCAGGGAAAAAGGAACUAUAUAGCAUAGUGAAGUCUUGUGUACUAAAUUGCUAUCUGCUGGUCCUUUGGGAUUGAAGCAGUAUAAAGCUAAAGGCUUGACAUGACACCAGAUUCAAUCUCUGAGAAUUUAAAACUCUUAACCAAAUCUGUUAUUUUUCUUACAUGGUGGGAUUCUUUAUGUAGUGGGCCAAAAAUCUUUGAAUACAUUAUUUAUAAAAACUCAUUUAAAAAAUUCUAGGUCUUUGACAUUUUUCUUGGAACCAAAUUCAAAAGAGAAAGGAACAAAUUGGAAAUUAUUUUCCUUUGUGAGAUUUGUAUUUGUAGUUAGAGAAAUCUUAAUCUAGGUUAACAAUUUUACAAGGGACUCUUUGAAUUUAAAAGUUUUCUCAAAAUAAUAGAAUAGGAAAUAUUAGGAUGUUUCAGGAAUCUUUGUUUAAUGUAAGCCUAUGGUGACCUGAAAUGUUCUGCUGUUGACAUGUUGAGACCGGUUGUCAGUAUGACUCAGGCUUGCCUGGAACUCACAGCAAUCCUCCUGCCUAAGCCUCUUAAAUGCCAUGUUUACAGACCAAAGCCACCAUGCCCAGCCUCUCUUGAAGUGAAAAGCUAGAAUUACCAUUCUUAGCAGAUUAUUUUUUUUUUGGAAAAGAUAACAUGAAAACACACUUCCAUUUGUCCUUUAGUUUGAGAGGUAGGACAAGAAUAGAUUAUAUUGGAAGGGAAGUGAUGGAGCCACCUGCUAAGGCAGCCUGAAGCUGCCUUGUUUAUUUUGCUGGUGUUGCAUAAGUAUCAGGUAGAUGGGACAAUUAGAGAAAAAUUAGGAAAUACAGUCCUCUCAGUAAAUACAUCUAAAGCCCUCUAAUGUUGAAAGCAAGUCUUUUUAUAUUAUCAAUGUCCCAAAAAACUGACUGGAAAAGUAAAGUUUGGUUUUAAGUGAGA